AUGAAUAGUACUUCUUGGGAUUAUGGCAAUCCUGCGAUAGGGACACCAUACCUGAAUGCCUACCUUGCCAUCACGGCAUACUCUAUCACCACAUCAUCAUCAAUAUCAGGGAAUUGUGUCGAACAUGCCAUCUCACCGACCCCAUUGAUUACCGUCUACAUAGCCAAUAUCACAUCCUCAUUAGAUUUCUUCCGCUUCUUACCUACGUCUAGUCUAGCAGGGUUAACAGGCGUGGCGGGAGAUGCUGUGUUUAGCAGCCUUGAACAAGAUGGCUACUCCUCUUUUCUGGAUGACGCAUACUCUGACAUUUUAGCCACCGAAGGAUUGGAAGGCUGUACUGCUUCAAUACCGCCGUCACAACGCAUUCCAACGUUCGUGGGAGCUCGAGCAGCAGUCUCAACGACAGUAGCCUCUCCGGCAACUCCAGCGGAAGGCUCAGCGGCAGUACACUCAGCCGAAAACUUGACUGGGAGCUCAACACCAGGGAGCCGUGGCCAUCCUACGCAAAUCAUCAUCCUCUCUGUUGUAUUACCAACCGUCGGAAUCAUGAUACUUCUGUUCUGCUUCAUCAUCAUCCGUAGAUACCGGAACAAACGAAGCCAGGCAGCCGACGCGAUGCAUCCAGAAAAAUCAUCCGACGCGCAACUCUACGUGGAUCAGAAAGCAGAGUUGGAAGAUGAAGAACGGAGGAGGCAUGAACUAGAAGCCGAAAGAACGAGGCAUGAGUUGAACGGGGAAGACACCGUAUUCGAGAUGCCCGAUAACGGCGACUCACGGAUGCAUUCAGCGUCGUCCCAUAGACCCCACGAGUUGAGAGGAGCGGAACAUUCACAAGAACUCGAAGUCCCAAGCAACGUCUGA